ACAACGGCAGCCUCACGCUCCGCUGCCCGCCGCUCUACAGAGAAACGUCGCUCUACCCUCACUUCGCGCUUUCCGCUCCUGCGAAAGAGCAGUCGCGAAGCCACAGGCCCGACGCUGACCUCUACUCCCGCCGGCCACAUAAGAGGAGCUAGUAGUGCCUCCAUCAACCUUCCCGCUUCCGCCGACUCUCCCUUCCUCUCCACAGGAGCCCCGCGUGCUUCCCCAGCAUCUGCACGAGGCCGAUUUGAACGCAAGAGCGAGGAAUUGCGUCUGCGAGAACCUUCCUUGAAUCCCAGCGUCCACUCGGUAGGCCACGACUCACCCCGAGCCGCUGACAAGAAGAUGCAUCAAACUUCGUCAAGGCUGCUCCGCAUGACGGACGAUGAACGGCCCUUUACUCGAUCAUAUAUAUGGCCCCAAUAUGCUCUCUUGUUUGCAUAUCCUCACCGCACCUCACUAUUCAUUUCUGACCCUAAUAAUUCGUGCGACUUCAAAGACUUGUUCUCCACCUUGAUGGUGUCGCUUCCCCUUACUCCUCACAGGGUCCGUUUCCGUAUGAUCGACUUCACCUUUACUUCAGACGAAGCUAUUACCAAUCUCGGCUCUCUGAAAUUCUCACAAUCAAACCGCAUGCCCGACCCGAAGGACUCCUCUCGAGUUGUCACCACUACGACGACUACCACCUUCUCCAUGGCGAAGGAAAUGGCCCGCUCAGUCUGUCAGAAAUUCUUCGAAGCAAAGUUCAUCGAAUCUGUUGAAAGUAAAAUUGACUUCCAGAACAAAAACUCAGUAUGGCAAUUGACUCCCAAGGGUAUUCACAUCUUGGAAAGGUUCUGCAGCCGCAACGGUAUUCAGUCCGCCCAUGUUAAAGCUGUUAUUGAUUCAAGCCGCAACCCUCGCCAGCUCGUGAUUCUUGAGCGAGAUAUCGACACGGAUAAGCUUCAUCACGAUGAGCAGACUGUCGAGAUUAUCUUCCGAAGAUUUGUGGGCGCAACUGUGAAUGAAUCACUGUCGGCAGACUCAGACUCCAUCCACGAAUUCUCAAGGAGUGACGUUGGCGUCCGUAUGAUAAAGCACAAGCCAUCGAACGCCAGGCCGUAUGAGCACGUCUUCACAGGCAAAGCUACCGUUGAUUGGUUGAUGGAUUGCUGCACGAUGGUCGACCGCCGUGAAGGCCUCGAGAUCGGCCAAUUGUUCCUUGACCUUCGCCUUAUCACUCCAGUAGACGCCCGAGCUCCAGGGAACGAUACUAAAUUCGUUCCAACAAAGCAAGCUCAAUACUACGUCACUGUCCACGGCCAGCAGAUCGCUGGUUGGACUGAAUUCGACGAUUCCCCUAUUCCAGCAGACCCCAACUCUGGGAAAUCUCGUGAGGGAGCUGCCCGCGAUUCCAACAGCAACCGUACCAAUGUGAUCAUCCGUAACCCCUCUUGGCGCCUUCUCUAUCGCGAGUUCCUGAAAGAUACCAUGUGCGAGGAGAAUCUGUCCUUCUACCUGGAGGUGCAAGAGUUCAGGGCCCAGUACACCGCUGCUGUCAGUAUCACUGGCGAUCACAAAAUUGAGACCAUUCGGGAGACACUAGCUGCGGCCUAUGGCUUAUAUAACGCCUUCCUCGCCCCCGGAUCACCGAAUGAACUUAACAUUGACCAUGCCCUGCGGACUCAGCUCGCGACCCGAAUGACCCGUGCUGUCGGUGACGACACUGCGAUGAUGCAAAGCUUGGUAGAGGUUGCUCUGCUUUUCGAGAAGGCCCAGAAUUCCAUCUUCAAGCUCAUGUCGAGUGAUUCUGUGCCAAAGUUCAUCAAACACCCAAAGUAUGGCCCUCAGCUGCGGGGCCUGGACGCUGCUGCUGCUGCUGCCUAUGUAGCAAACUCGAACAUGUCGUCAUCUCGGUCCUCAUAGGAGGGGAUCGAAUUUGAUCGACGGUUCUCAUUUGCGUUGUUUUAGGCGGGCUUUAUAAUUGCAUUAUUCCCCUUAUCCACCAGGCAUUGCAAAUUAGACUUAAGGCGUUAGGAUAGGAAAAUACAUUUAGCAUUAUUGGAGGCUGUCUGUGGGUAUUUUCACAUAGUCGUUUAAUUCUGCUUCCCCUAGUGGGGAGCUAUAAAGAGAGUGAAUGACAUCAUUUGAAUAAG